AUGUUUAAACGAUCGAGUUCGAAUGUGUUAAAUCUAUCAAAAAGUAAAUCCAAAUCAACAAAUGACCAAUCUUCUCAAGAUCGAACACAGCAACAAUCAAAUCCUUUUGCUGGUAGACGACAGCCGAGCCUUAACAUCGUCAGUCAAUACAAAAGAAAAGCACCGAUGCCAUUUACAGUAAAUUCCGAUGAUGAUUGGGGCGACUUUCAAGCAAGUAAAUUUCAAAAACCAAAAGAAAAAGAAGAGAAGCCAGCAUUUAUAAAACCGGUCAAGAAGAGACGCCUGUUUGAGCCUUUUGGGCAUGACACUAAUGCUCGUGCCAAACUAUUGAUCGACACUGUAUUUCGAUCAACAGACGAAGCCAACAAUGACAUGGGCAAAGAAACCUGUCCUUAUUGUGGAGAUAUACUCGAGCCAAUGACGAAUUCACUAAGACAGUAUCUAGAGCAAAAGGAAACUAAGGAUAGAGCACACGAACAGGAGCAGCUCGCUCGACUGAAACGAGAAAACGCACAGUCCUCGUUUGGAACGGCUGACUGGAUUGUAGAGCAACGCCGUGUGUCAACAACCGAUAAGCAUGAAUUCUGCAAAUUACAUCAUAUUGAACUUGUUGUCAAGAAACAAGGCAAUGAAAGAGGCUACCCAGAAACAAUAGAUUUUAAGGGAAUAGAGAAACGUAUCCUGGGAUUCAAAUCUCAAUUAGACGAUGUGAUAGAUGGCAAGGUAAAAAGUAAAUUUAAGGAUAUUGCCUUGGAUGCAUACGCUGAAUUUGGUCAAAGUAAAGCAAGAAGCGCCGUAAAUGUGCUCGUCCGACUUGAAAACUGCGUACCUGGUUAUUACGGACCCAGAGGAUCUACUACGAUCACCGAGGUGCUAUCCAAACUAUACCUUCAAUCCGGCAUUCUCACCAAGGAAUUGACGCAACCUCAACUGCCACUCGAAUACAUUCAGCAAGUACUCAUGCCUGAAGCAGGUCUUCGGCUCAUUCGACAAGACCUAUUGAACAAAUCCAGACGGGGUCACACUAGUAUCUUUGAUGCCCCUCCUAUUCCUCCCAAUUUGACAGAAACUGCAGAAAAGGUCAUGGCAGAAAGUCGCGAAUAUGGAGCUGCAAUAUUUCCAGAGGCAGAAGAUGAAAGUAUCACAAUAGAAGCUGAUGACAGUGAUGGCUGUUAA